AUGGCGCUGAAGGAGAUCAUAGAGAUUGUCUACUCCUGCCUCCCCGAUUUCCCGGUCACGGCAGCCGCCUCCCUCUCCGCCGCCUUCUCUUCCUCUACCGAAGGCGGCGGCGGCGGCGAGGACCGCAUCAGCGCCCUCCCCGACGACCUUCUGCGCAAAAUCGUCUCCCGCCUCCCCGUCAAGGACGCCGCCCGCACGGCCGCGCUCUCCCCUCGCUGGCGCGGCCUCUGGCGCUCGACCCCCCUCGUCCUCGACGAUGAACACCUGCUGCCCUACCUGCCCGACUCCUCUGACGAGGACGAUGACCUCCUCGGGGACUGCACCAGUAUCCUCGUCUCCGCCAUCUCCGGCGUCCUCGCUUCCCACCCGGGGCCCUUCCACCGCGUCCACCUUGCCAUGAACCCCUUGUGCCGUGAACUGUACGCGGCCGAGGAGUGGCUCCGCCUCCUCGCCGCCAAGGGCGUGGAGAACCUCGCAUUCGUCAACCGCCCCUGGCCCCUCGAGGUUCCCCUACCGCUCUCCAUCUUCCUGUGCUCCUCGCUCCGCAGCCUCUACCUCGGCGUCUGGAAAUUCCCCAGCACCGCCGGUCUCCCACGCGGCCCCGACGUCUUCCCCCACCUCCAGGAGCUCCGACUCUGCCACACCGUCAUGGAGGAGCGUGACCUCCAGCACGUGCUUGCCUGCAGCCCUGAUCUACAGAUCCUCGCGCUCAUCGCCAGCAGCGACUUCCCCUCACGGGUCCGAAUCGGCAGCGACAGUGUCCGGUGCGUGGUGCUCUGGUCGUCCAUGGCCGACGAGCUCGCGCUUGUCGACGCCCCACGUCUGCAGCGACUCAUCCUUUACGCUGCUGGAAGUGGACGCACCAUGAAGGUGCAGAUUGGUUAUGCUCCUGAGCUCACCGUGCUCGGCUACUUGGAGACGGCCACACACGUGCUUGUGAUUGGCAACACCACCAUCACGGCGGGGGUAACAAAUGUGAGCCCAAAUACUAUGGUUCCAAGUGUCAAGCUGUUAGCGUUGAAAGUCAAUUUCAGAGUCGCCAAGGAAGUCAAGACAUUGCUCAGCUUCUUGAGAUGCUUUCCCCAAGUCGAGACGCUGCACGUUAUGUCUAUUGGUGGUGAAAGCCGCGGCCAAGACAACCCGCUCAAUCCCACAUUCUGGCGGGAGAUAGCUGCGAUCGAAUGUGUGGAGUCAUGUCUCAAGAAGCUGGUGCUCGAUGAGUUCAGCGGCGGUGCCAAUGAGCUUGGGUUCCUGGAGUUGGUCUUUGGAAGAGCGCAGGUGCUGCAGAAGGCGUUGGUGGUGCUGCCAGAUGCAGGGAAUGCUGCUAUGAUAGCGAAGGCCAUGGGCAAACUGGCGCCGCUGGGUUCCGCCGAGUGGGCAACCAAGGAGGACUGUCCGUUGGUGGUGCUUGCACACUCAGAGCCUGGAGAUCAUGUUUGGAGCUACCAGAGAGCGUCUGAUCUUUCCGUAAGCGACCCGUUCCUUGGUAAAGCAAUGCAGUGAUGGUUACCGACACCCAGCAUGGCAUCGUCCAUGGUUUUGUGCUUUUGGCCUGAAAUUUUUACUGCGGAGUAGGAGAUUUGAAGUUGGCAGCGAUUCUAUAUGCUAAAACUUGUGACUUCUUCAAUCACUAUUGUGCUUGUUAUUAUCUGCAUCGCGUGGCUGUGACUUCAUUGCAAAAUUUCUGGCCAGGACUUAAUUUGGACAUGUUAUUAUCUGAAUUGGAUCGAACCGCUGCUAUCGGCAUGCAUUCGAUGUGAUCUGGUAGCUAGACUUGUGGUCUGGCUCCUUAUUAGUUUGCUGAUGCAUA